AACCAUUAGGCAUAAGUUUAGAACUUGAGGCGGACGUUGAUGAGUUAGCGGCAGCAACAACAACAACAACAACAACGUACACGUUGCUGCAGGAGGUGCCGGCACAGACGACGCAUACAGACAACGACAAAAUAGUUGACAUAGCUGACGACGCGGCGUUGUUCACACUGAGACCGCUCGCAAGUGCACCCCUGUUGCUAACCAGCACCAACACCAAUACCACCUCAGACACAGCAUCAUCCACAGCCACACCCACACCCACACCCACACCCACACCCAUAGCCAUAGCCAUGCCCAUAAAUUCAUCACAGCACACAACAACAACAACAGCAGCAACAGCAACAAAUGCAGCAGCUGUCGACACAUACAAUCUGGAUGACAUUUGCUUUACUCUGGAAUAUCAGUUUCAAAAUCAAAAGCUCGUUCAGGUGCAGCCACCUACAGUGGUGUCCUUCAGCAUGAUACCGGCAAGCGAAGAACUACCACCACCAACAACAACAACAACUGGCAGCGACAACAACAACUCUACACCAACUCCUACUGCUACUACUACAACUGCAUAUUUCACUCUCGGGACGAGCUUUAUCGAAGAUCGAACCGAGCCAGAUGAGGAGGAUGACUUGGUACACUGCAUCCAUCCGGGCGCACUGCACAAGGACCCCGACGAGGAUCAGCUGAUGGCGAUGGCGUACGAGAGCUCGGACGAAGCUCUGAGCCGUUACAAAUGCAACUACGAGAACUGUUAUCGCAGCUACAGCACCAUCGGGAAUCUGCGUACGCAUUUAAAAACACACACAGGUGACUACAGCUUCAAGUGUACGGAGGAGGGCUGCAACAAGGCAUUUCUCACCUCGUACAGCCUGAAAAUCCAUGUGCGCGUCCACACCAAGGUAAAGCCCUACGAGUGCGAGGUGUCCGGCUGUGAUAAGGCCUUCAACACGCGAUACAGAUUGCACGCCCACCUGCGUCUGCACAAUGGCGAGACGUUCAAUUGCGAAAUGUGCCAGAAGUGCUUCACGACGCUCAGCGACCUGAAGAAGCAUAUGCGCACCCAUACCCAGGAGCGUCCGUACAAGUGCCCGGAGGACGAUUGCGGCAAGGCCUUUACGGCGUCGCAUCAUUUGAAGACGCAUCGGCGCACGCACACCGGCGAGAAGCCGUAUCCCUGCCAGGAGGACAGCUGCCAGAAGUCGUUCAGCACCUCGCACAGCCUGAAGUCGCACAAGAAGACGCAUCUCAACAAGAUCAAGAAGAAGUCGAAGCGUGCACAGAAAUUACUGCUCGAGCAGCAGCAGCAGCAGCGGGAGCAGCAGCAGGGGGAGCUACAAGAGACAGACAUGGUGCUGCUCAAUCCGGGCAGCCAGAGCUCGGAGAACACGAGCAACGACAGCGGCGUUGUCCUGCAACAGCUGUCGAAUGUGUUUAUGCUGCCGGAGACAUCGCAGGCAUAUCCGCUGUCCUAUGCCGCCGAGGAGGAGCUGCCCAGUCCCUGGAUCGAUGCCGGCGUGCUCGUCUCCAAGCCCAUCAUGGCCAGCGCACCUUUGACCGAUGCCUGCGUGGCGCUGCCCACCGAAAUGCCCAGCUUUGUGGAUCUGAAGGCGAACUUUGGCAGCGCCGUCAGCGGCAACAUGGAGGAGCUAGCAGCGCCGCUGGACGUGGAUAUGUUGAACAGCACAAACGUGGAGGCGACAAAUGUGGCCAGCUCGGCGCUGCCCACGCUCGAGCUGAAUCCGCAGAACAUUGAGGAGCUGCUCAGAGAUGAUAGCUAUGACAACGACGAGGACAUGGAGACCGAAUCGCUGCUCAACGAUAUACUCAUGACCAUUGACAACAACAGCGCCCUGCUCCAGGCGACGCUGCAUCAGGCCUCGCAGGUGCCCAACGAUGCCUCCGGCCUUGUCGAGCUGGACAUACGGGACAAUAAGCCAACGCUCAAGCAGAUCACAGCAGAUGCGGGCAUCUGCAAUUGCACCAACUGCAAGUGUGAUCAGACCAAGAGCUGUCAUGGCGGCGAUUGCGGCGGCGCCUCCUCCUCCAGCUCCACGCCGAAGGCCAAGCCAAUUACGACCACGACGACAGCAGCAGCCAGCUCCCAUGGCAAGCGCAUAUGCGGCAGCGCCGCCAGCAAAAAAGUGAGUAAACGCGAAGCGGAAAUGAAUCAAAACAUCGAGGAUGUUGCUUUGCUGCUCCAGAAUCUGGCCUCCAUGAGCGGCGGCUGCGGCGUUGCUGCCAAGCCAGCGGCGCCUGCAGCUGCCGGCGGCUGUGGUUGCGUAGCAACAGGAGGCGCCUGUUGUGCUCCUGCUCCUGCUCCGCCGGUGCCUCCAGCAGCUGCCGGCGGCUGCUGCUCGAGCAACAAGCCCGCAGCUCCGGCUGCCGGCGGCUGCUGCAGCACGCCGCCUGCGGCCAGCGCCAGCUGCUGUUCGGUUAAGGCGCAGCCGCCGCCUGCAGUGAUCAGCGGCAGCGCCGCUCUGAAGAGCAGCUCCUGCACAUGCAAGAGUCCCGCUGAGGGCGUGGCCAAUGGCUGUUGUGUCGUCAUCUGCAUGAAAACGCUGCAAGCCCUGCGCAAAGUUCUGACGCGCCGGAACCUCAACCUAAUGCUUUGCCCGCAGCAGAAUUAAAUAAGGCCGCCGCCAGCAACAACAAUAAUUUUUACAACAACAACAAAGCCCAAAGUGUACCCCGAGCAGUGUUGCCAAGUGUCACUAAAAAAAAUGAAAAAAAUGUAGCUGCAUCCAAUGUUGAAAAUAGCCGAAAGCAGGGCUGUUAGUGCACUUGCCAAAAAAUGGCGAUCAGCUUAAAAUGAAAACUCCAAUGUUGUAAAAAGCCCGAAGUAGCUGAAAGCAGGGUCGUUAGUGCACUUGCCAAAAAAUGGCGGUCAGCUUAAAAUUUAAACUGUUGGCCAAUUUUAGCUGGAAAAUAGCUAAAUUGACAAACCAAAGCUUUAAACGUAUAACCAAGUAUUGUAUUGUGCCUAUGAGAAAGUAUUCCACGUAAAAAAAAGAAGAAAAUUACAAUUAUAUUGUUAUUGUUGUUGUUAGUUGUUAAAUAAAAACAAAUGCAAAACCCAACGUCGGCUGGCCGCGCUUCGAAACUUAAACAAAAGCCGCCUACACUAAAACAAUCAAACUUAAUUCAAAUACAAUUAUUGCCGCUUUAACUCUAACGCUUAAGAUCUUAUAAGUAAUACUGCAGGCACCAAACUUUUAACACCUGUAUAAAAUGUUACAAUUGCUUAAACAAAACAAAAUUAAAUCAAAGUUACCUUCGGCACGCCGAAGUUGAAAUGCUCUUGCAGUUAGGCUUGAUAGCAAAUUCUUAGCUUUCUUUGAAAGUAGAACAGUUCGUAAAGCAUAAAACUAUUUUUGGUCAAACUUUAAUCCGUUUUUUUGUCAAACUAUUAAAAGUUUAAGACAAUUUAUAAGUGCUCAAUUUAAAUAAAGUUCUUAAAACACAAAAGAACUUUUUGAUUAUGAACAAAACUUUUGCCUAAUUUGACAUUUGGCAGCUAUAUCCGAUUCCGAGCUAUAUUCUAUCUGAUCAGGCACAUAUAUGCAUACAUACCCUAUGAUUUUGUCGCCUUUGGAGCGUUACACAACACUCGUCACAUAGUACUUAUGCACACUGCAAGGGUAGAGCAGCAAACACUUAACCAAAAGGCCUUGAAUUCAACAUGAAUUGCUUUAUAUACGACUACUUUAUGUAUACACUAUAUAUAUUUUAUAACAACUGUAUAAAGUCG